AUGAAUCAAUUGCUCCCGAGAAGGAUAAUUCCAUCCAAAGCAGUUGUGAAUCUAUAUUAUAAACACAUUAAGCCCAGAACGAUAACCAAUGGAAUCUUACCUCCAGUACUAAUCAAUAUACAUGGACUAUUUGGUUCCAGUAUGAUGUUCCGUUCACUGGGGAGAAGAUUAGCCAGAGAAUCCAAUUACGAAGUUUACAAUGUUGAUUUAAGAAAUCAUGGACAAUCACCGCAGGUGAAACCUUUCAAUUAUAUGGCGAUGAAGGCAGAUCUGAUUCAUUUCAUCGAGACGCAUAUUGAACCGGAACAAUCCAUUUAUUUACUUGGGUUUUCUCUGGGUGGUAAAGUAGGACUUCUGACAGCUUUAGACGGCAGCAUUAAUGUGAAGAAAUGUAUUUCCAUUGAUAUUCCACCGUAUGAGACUCCAAUUCUAGAUCGAAUGAUUACGGAAAAUGCUGAGAUGAUUAGAAAGAUUCAUUAUCAAGAAGUUAAAAUCUUGAGAGGAAGGCAUAAUUGGGGACGGAAAGUAUUGGAUAUGUUUAAGGCAUUACCCAUUAAUAAUGAGAAGACAGCUUUAUAUUUUGCUAACGGGUUUCUUCAACACCAGCCAAAUAAUGAAGUGUCAACAACGAACCCUUAUGUGGAAUUUUAUCUUCCUUUUCAAGAAUUUCCAACUCUAUUCGAUGAAAUUAAACGUUGGCCAAUUGAAGAGUCGAGAAAUAAGGAGACUGCUGUACCGACUCUAUUCAUGAAGGGUAUAUUUUCCACAUUCAUUAAGACGGAUUAUAGUUUAUUAAAGAAGUCUUUCCCAAAUUCAGGCAUUCAAGAAUUUGCGACUAGCCAUAAUGUUCUUGUCGACGAUCCCACACAUUCUUUUGAAUGCAUCAAGAAUUUUCUUCAGGACGAAGCUAUAAACGUCUGA